CGGGUACCAGCCCAUUAAAAUACCAACGACGAAGAAAGAACCGGAAGUGCCUGGCGAUGCGCUGCUGGUGGCUAACCACUUUGUUAUGAGAAGUUUGAGAACCUAAAUUUUGGCAAAUGGAGGAUCAUACUUAUUAUUUAGCAGAAGAGAAAGCGAAGGAGCGGGAACUGUCACCGUCACGGAAGCGGAAACACGAAGAAGCGAAACGGAACCGGGACAGACGGCGGCAGAAAACGAGGGUAAACAUCGGUGUGGCCUUUCCUAAAUGGAAAUCUCUGAUGAGGGAAAAAUGUUUUCAAAGUGACGCUGACGUUGCCUGUUUUCUGCUGGAAAGCUAUGCCAGAAGUAUCGCAGUACCGACUGCUAUGAAGAGAAAAUCUUUACAGGUCACAGCUCCAGCAGUGUCGAGCCUUGGAGCUUCUAGUGGGACAGAAAGCAAUGCGAGAAGUGUCGCAGCGCCGACUCCCAUGAAGAAAAAACCUUUACAUGUCACAGUUCCACCAGUGCCGAGCCUUGGAGCCUCUGGCGGCAUAGAAAGUUUCGGACGGCUUUACAAGAGAAACGGUAAAAUCUACAGCGUUUUGGCCCUGAAACCUGAUAAAGCCAUCGGAUACCUCUCUGAGUGGAAAACAAGGAUUGUGAAGAGGAGGAUCACAGGUGAAGAGGGGAUGCCUCAGUGGAGGAACCUUCAAACAGAUGAAGAGCCCAGAAGACUGGAUGUGGUGCCCCCCACACCUGCAGCAGCCACAUCAGGACUGGUCCAGAGACCUGUCGGGACAGAUUCAGAGGAGCAGGAGGAAGUGUGGAGCAGUCCAGAGGGAGAGCAGCUCAGUGGGCUGGAGGAGGCUGAUAUCACCACGUUCACUUCUGUUACUGUGAAGAGUGAAGAUGAUGAAGAGAAACCUCAGUCCUCACUGCUUCAUCAGAGCCAAACGGAGGACAGCAGAGAGACAGAGCCUCCAACCAGCAGCUCAGCUACGCAGAUAAAAACAGAAACUGAUGGAGAGGACUGUGGAGGAUCAGAAUCAGCCAGGAACUUUGAUCCACAUGGUCAUUCACAACCAAAUACUGAUGAUGAGAAGGCUUCAGACUCUUCUGAGACUGAAGACAGUGACAUUGAUUGGCAGGAACCCAUGUCAGAUUCUGGGUCUGAGACUGAAGACAGUGUCAGUGGUGUCGGAGCCGGCUGGAGCCUUUAG